GCAGAGCCAUCCCGAGGGGUGGGUCCUGCUCCGGCAACAGGAGGAGAGAAAAAAAAGGAAAACCCACCUUUGUCAUUGUUGGGACGCGGUGGAAUGUGAUGGUUUGAUCUCGAACGGACUCGGGAAGGGGAUAUCCGAGAGAAAAGGGCCGCUGAUUUAAGGGGAAAGGGAAAGGUGGAAUAGGCUCCGUAAGGCAAUCAGAAAGCGGGAUGAACUUGUCUUCUCCUCCGCGGCCGCAGUGAGGGCGACCGGGGCCGCGUGAGCAAAACUCCAGCCGCCGGUGGCAGCUUUUUGUGGAUUUAUUGCUGUCUCUUCCCGAUUUACAACGGAACACAUUUUGAGAAUGGCGCCUUGGGGAAGAGGACUUUAACAUGUCAGAGAUGAAGGAUGUUUCGGAAAUAUGACAUCUAAACAUCACGCUGAUGGAACUUUUCUUGCAGCACCACUUGUAAAAAGAGCACAAAGAGAUCAAAACCACUUUCACACUAGUUGUCUAACAUUGAAGGUGAAUUGAUAUCAACACAACACAAAUGUGGACCUCUGCCAAGGCUCAAAUAACCUGAAGAAAACACAAGACACUAGAAACACAAUAAAAACUUUGUAGCCAUGUCUGACAUGACACAUCGCCAUUUGCGGCACAAGCUACAAAGUCUCAGUCGACGGCUCGAUGAAUUGGAGGAAGCCACUAACAAGCUGCAGAAGUCUGAAGAUGAGUUGCUCGACAUUCAGGACAAGAUCAUCCAGGCAGAAGGUAGCAAUUCGUCCUUGCUUGCCGAUGUCGAGUCCUUGAGGAAACGCCUCUUGAAAAUCCAAGGUAAAGAUGAGGAGGUGCGCAAAGCCGAAGACCUCUGCCGGACUGUGAGAGAGAAACUGGAAGAGGAGGAAAAUCUAACCAUGGAGCUGAAGGCCGAGAUCGAACAUCUCCAGAGGAGGAUGGCGGAACUGGAGAAACUGGAAGAAGCGUUUGGGAAAAGUAAGUCCGACUGUAGCCAGCUCUGCCUCAGUCUCAAUGAGGAGAAGAACCUGACCAAGAAACUCUCGACCGAGUUGGAGACCCUCAAAGCACGUUUAAAGGAAAUGGAGGGGUCUGAGGUGAAACUGGACAAAGCAGAGCAGACAUUAGCAGCGGAACUUGACAAGUUUAAAGGAUUCUGCCAGACCUUUGAGAAUGAACACAAGAGGAUACGAGAGAAACAAAAGGAAGAUGAGAAGAUCAUUUUAAAGCUCACAGAGAAACUGGAGCGCCUUGGCAUGUCUGUCGAUCCUGGUUGUACAGACUUUAUAAGAUCAAGAAUUGAAGAGGAGCUAUCCUCCACCGGCAUCCACACCAGUAACUUGACUGGACGCAAGAAGAGCCUCGACUACAACAUUGGCCAGCUGAAUAAAUCUGAAAACCAGAAGAACCUUGCAGGGUCACCUGAGGAGGACAAUAAGGUAAAGGAGUUGACGCAAGAAGUUGAACGUCUGAAGAACCGCCUCAAACAACUAGAGAUUGUGGAGAAUGACUUGAAGAGCUCCGAGUCAAAAAACGGCGAGCUUCACAAAAAGUUCCAGAUGGAACGAGACCGGGCUCGCCAACUGAGCGAGCAGGUGGAACAGCUCAGGACGCAGCUGUGCAAUAAAGGUGGACUCGGAGGCCACCGAACUGCGGAUAAGCAAGGCAACGGAAGUGCUAACAUCUGCCCCAACAGCCCUGCCAAGCAUCUGGAGAAUGGCAAAGCUGAGAACGAAGAGCUCGCCAAGGGAACUUUCAGGCAAGAGAAGCCUAAAUACCGAAGCGCCGCAUCUGUCACUGAGCCCAGCUCGCCUAAGCACCGAAUCAGGGAGCUAUCUCCUCAGCACAAGAGAGAAACCAAGCUCAGAACUAAAGAUCUCAGCCACUCCGAGGAAACCUCUCCCAUGUCUCCUAACAGAGCCAUCAGUCCUGCACACAAAAGCAGGAGGACACCCAAAACCCCCAAUACUUUUUCCGAUAACGGAAUAAGAGAGACGGGCAGAGGAACUGAGGAAAAAGCAUACAAGGGAACAAUGUACAGCGCUUUGCAUACACCCUCCAGUGACGUUAAAAAAGUGUCCGUUCUUAGCCGCUACCCGCCAGCAGCUAAUGACCAGAAGCCCCUGAGGACACCUUACAGACAGGGCGAUGGGGACGGCAAAAAGAGCAGAAUGGAAAAAAUUUCAAAGUCAUAUGGAGGCAGCGACAGUGAAUCAACCAACUCGGAUGUUGUGCCUGAGAGCAGCACCGCCGUACCAGACAAGGACGCUGAGCUCCCUUCAGACCAGGAAUCGAUUGACCCACUUCAACAUUCUGCGUCCAGCCUAUCCAAGGCCAAUGGAUCCUACAAAGCUUACAGAUCCAACGUCAAUCAACUGCUGCCAAAUGAUCAGGGGUCUGAAGGUCAUUCCUCUGCUUCAGAAACAGAAUCUACCGGUUCGAGACCUUCUGAACCCGAGACGGUGAAUGAAACGACUACUACAACUCCGAGCAGUAGGACUGCAACCUCGAGAUAUUCUCCAUAUUCCCACGUUAAAGACUCUCAUUCAGAGGGUUCUUCCUCCAGAAGUUCCUUCGAUGAAGAACUGAGAGCACAUUUAGCUGAGGGAGGCGGGAACACCCCAUCUGGUCUGGAGGUCCAGCGGGUUUGCAGUCCACGUGAGGCGCUGAGGUCAAAAGCAGUCAUCAAACCAGCCAUCGUUGAGAUCGACAGGAAAGAGAUGAUGAUUUCCGAACCCUUGCCCGCCAACGGCAAACCCAGGAUAUCCACCAAACCCGUGUUGACCAACACCAGUAAGAUAACCAGCAGUAUAACGAUCUAUCCCAAUGACCCGAGCUCCUCCAGAACCAGCAGUCGCAGCAGCAGUGUAUCCAGUGAGCCCUUGUCCGCCAAGGAACGUCACACAUCCACCAGUAACUUUCUCAUCGGCCCAAGUAGCGAGCACCAUGGCAGCAUUUCAAUCCCUUACGAAAUCUCCAUCCCCAAGAGCGAGCUUACCAUGCGGUCAAGCCAGGACCAAGACCCCGGAGCGGAUAACCACAAUGAUUCCUCAUCCAAGUCGAGGAUUCACAGUUCCUCCAGAGUGGAAACAACCACAAGGCACACGGCCUACCAACACAGCAGCUUUAGCCACCCGUCUCCGGACACGACCUCUGCUGACCUCAACGAUUCUUCUGCCUUCGAAAGCUCCAAUAGCACCACCACUUUCACCAGCUGGCAAAACCAAAGUCAUACGCGGCAAGAAGAGUCUCUACCAGACACGAAGAAUGUAACCGUGAGAAGCACUUGGAAGAACAAAGGCCUUGCGUCGGAUGAGAAGGAGAGACGAAGAAGGGGGGUCAUGGACGGGGGUUCUGAGGAUGAGGCAGAAUCUACAACAACAUGCAAGGCUUACCUGGCGAGAACGGUUGACUCUGAUGACUCCAGGAGCUAUGGAUCUAAAAGCAGUGGGAUUGUUUCUGCUCUGAGGAGAGCCAAGCCAUCCCCUUCGGAUAUGUACAUGCGGACUAUCGACAAAGAAGCCGAAGAAUCGGCGCUCCUUCGCGGCGGAACCGCCAAAUCCGUCUCUGCGGACGCAGGAGCCUUCGGAAAGACUAUGCCUCACGCGCCUGUCACCUCUCAGUCCUGGAACCGUUCGUACUCGCAACGACCGCAGGGUGCAAAUGCCGACCUUCUCUCAUGGAAACAGCACCUCUCGGCCACAAACUCCGUCCCCCUGGGGAGCUCCUACGAACGGUCGGCCAAAACGACGGGCGUGUCCAGAGGGGAGCAGUGGUCCGGUCGGGCUCAAGCGUCGGCAAAGAGCGGCGCGGGAAGCCGGGCGUGGACCCAUCGUCAGGCGGAACAUCAUUAGCAGAUGUUCACAGUAGGGAUCUCCCAGCACCAUCUCCAGCUUCUAGAACAAACAAAGACAAGAAAACAAUCACAGCCAUGUUUAAAAACAGACACAAACUCAACUGUGACCUUGUUUGCACAUCGAGACGCAAGUAUAUGUAUCCGGCCCGUUCCAUGGCGAAGGGAGGGAGGGAGGGAGGGCCUCGCCACCGCACGUAUCCUCUUCUGCUUGUUUGGAUGUAUUAUAGUCACCUCGUAGUCAUGACAAAGGAGAGGUUCCAGCGAGGACCUUAUCAGUCCCGGCCCAUCACGUCAUCUCACAACAACUGCUGCUGCGUCAUGCUGAUACUUGACAAAAGGAUGCUGACUUGUCGGACCAAAAACAGGAAGCGAAUUACUCGGUUCUGCAAAAAAAAAAAAUACAUAAAUGGCUGGGGAUCCCUAAUAUGGGAAUAUUGUCUGUGGUUCAACUCCAAAAAGCUUCACAGGAACGGAUCAAAGUUUCAUAUCCUACCCAGAAAUUCUCAUAUUUCAAAAGAUUCGUCCUAAAAAAUGUCCCCCGCUCCGGAAUCAAGACUGUAAUUCGCUUCCUGUUGCGUUCUCAAUUUUUUUACUUGCUCCUUUCUUUUCCUCAUUCAAAUGCGGGAUUUUUUUUAAUCACUCAUAAACUGGAUUUCCCAUGGUGCUUUAUUUGCGUUUUUAACAGGCGACUGUCCUCAUUCGGGUGUUUGAGAGACAUUUGCAUCUUAGGUUGAGAGCAGACACUACUUUGCACAUCAUCGGUGACCGGGGCGCAAUCGGGUGAAUUUUAGUCACACGCUGGCCAAAUCUGUUUGAGUUAAAGUCAAAUUUGCAAUAAAGUGGAAAAAAAAAUCAUGUUUAGAUGUCGUCGCAGGCUUUCGCAAUACAUCCAGACACUCUAAAAUAUGCUAGCAGUUAGCAAUACCCAUCAUAAUUGUAAAAUGUUCUCAAAAUAAAAAAUUGCUUUAACUCAGCAUUUUGGCCAGGGUAUGAAUUAUGUAUGCAACAUUAUGCUUGUGAUAUAGCAAAACAAUUACUGGAAAUAGCAACAACAGCCAUGCUGUAGACAUUAUUAUCCGCUAGAAACCUCACGGACUCUCUAUCGAAAUGCAACGAUGAAAUGUUUAAUCCUUAGCCAAGUGCAGUUUUCCUUUUGAGAGUUUCCAAUCUCUGCAUCCCAUCCGAACAUUCCUGAAAGGCGGAGCUUGCUCGCUUAAACCCGGAGAAUGGCAAACUCAAAUGUUCAUGGCUUGAUCCAAUCUCGACGGCCGGACAGGCAUCGAACGGUUUUUGCUUUCUUUAGCGGUGUUGUUUAGCGUCCUAAGCUACUACGCCAAUUGUUGACAGGUUUUAGGUUUGGUUCUAGUUUGCUUCUCCCAGAAAACAACCUCUGGCGUAUGUACAAACAUUUUAUUUCGAAUUCAACUUCAGAUUAGUGCUUAUUUUUCCACCCUCCCCAUUGUUGUUGGUGUUACUGGGUAGACUGUAAUCUGCACUUAACCAGCACUUAACUUUAAGAUCUGCAAUGGAUUAUACCCCCCAACCCACUCCACACCUUUUAUUUGUUUAUUUUUUCUUUUUUUUUCUUUGCUGGUCAAAACCUGCUUUGUGUGUGCACCUGUUUGCUUUCAUUUCACCAGAUUGAUGCAUCAGAGGAAUGAAUUUUGGGCCCCCUCUAUCUUAACCUGUGCCAAAAUCAUUCCGCCAUUUUUAGUCCAGCUGGAUCUCCAUUUUAUUUCCUGGAAGAAAAAAAAAAAAGAUGUCUUAUUUUGGAAAACUUAGAAAUUUUAUUUAAGGUAAAAAAUCAUGUAAUUUUGUAAAGUGGGCCUUAUUAAUGGAAUAUAUUUGUCCAUCUUGGUUUCAAGAAUAUAUAUAUUUUUUUUGUUGUUAUGACACACUCCUGGAGAGUUUUUUUUUUUUGUCUGUGUUUGUUCUUUAAGUACAUUUCUCACAACCUGGGGUUAGGGGGAGUCCCAUUCGUUUUUGCCGCUAGCUUCUGGGUUUGUAUGUCUUCUGCUGUUUGUUGUGCCAAAGAAAGAAGCGUGCACACAAAUAGGAACUUUAGGACCGUACCAUCAAUUAAACCAGGCAGGGGGGGGGGCAAGGGGUAACUGUGACGUGUUCAUUAUUUGUGUAAAUUCACGUCGUGCGCAAACAUAAACAUGUAAUCACAAUAAAAAGGCUUUUAUUAGUUUGUAUGAGCUGCCGAAGUUGGAGGGAGGCGGCUGCUUAUAUAUAUUUUUUUCUCCUCACCCUUUAGACUUAAUCCAUUGUGCAUGUUUUAACUCUCCUGUGGCAUGUAGGUAAGCUGCCAACUGUACAGCAGACCAUAUGUAUUCUAAUAAAAAAUAAAAAGCAACUCAUUUGUAA